UCCUCCCCCUGGGCGUGACCUUGUGGUGAUGUGACGCAGCUCCGCCCGGUUAGUACAGCUAGGCUCUGUGAGGGAAGCGCAAAAUGGCGGACGGAGAGCUGAACGUGGACAGUCUCAUCAGCCGACUGCUGGAGGUGCGAGGAUGUCGCCCCGGGAAGAUUGUGCAGAUGACGGAGGCCGAGGUUCGGGGGCUCUGCAUAAAAUCCAGGGAAAUCUUCCUCAGUCAGCCCAUCCUGCUGGAACUGGAGGCGCCCCUGAAGAUUUGUGGUGACAUCCACGGGCAGUACACAGAUUUGCUUCGGCUGUUUGAGUAUGGCGGUUUCCCCCCAGAAGCCAACUACCUCUUCCUGGGGGAUUACGUUGACAGAGGGAAGCAGUCACUGGAAACCAUCUGCCUGCUGCUGGCCUAUAAAAUCAAAUACCCCGAGAACUUCUUCCUGCUCAGAGGAAACCACGAGUGCGCGAGCAUCAACCGCAUCUAUGGCUUCUACGAUGAGUGCAAACGGAGGUUUAACAUAAAGCUGUGGAAGACCUUUACCGACUGCUUCAAUUGCCUGCCGAUUGCCGCCAUCGUGGACGAGAAGAUCUUCUGUUGCCACGGAGGUCUUUCCCCAGAUCUACAGUCUAUGGAACAGAUCCGCAGAAUCAUGAGGCCCACAGACGUCCCUGACACAGGUUUGCUCUGUGACCUCCUGUGGUCAGAUCCUGAUAAAGACGUGCAGGGCUGGGGCGAAAAUGACCGUGGUGUUUCCUUUACUUUUGGAGCAGAUGUGGUUAGCAAAUUCUUGAAUCGGCAUGACCUGGAUCUGAUAUGUCGAGCUCAUCAGGUAGUAGAGGACGGCUAUGAAUUCUUUGCCAAGCGGCAGCUGGUCACCCUGUUCUCUGCUCCAAAUUACUGCGGGGAGUUUGAUAAUGCUGGCGGCAUGAUGAGCGUGGAUGAAACCCUGAUGUGCUCCUUCCAGAUCCUAAAACCCUCAGAAAAGAAGGCAAAGUAUCAGUACGGGGGAUUGAACUCUGGGCGCCCAGUGACGCCUCCCCGGACAGCCAACCCUCCCAAGAAGAGGUGAAGAGCAUAUCCUGCCAAUGCCGAGACGGCAUCAGAUCCUCCAUCAAGACAAACUCCACCUUAUUAUAAGUGUGCACUGUUAACAUCACCCAGCCAUUCUGACCCCCUUUAAAAUGUUGCACGCGUUUACCUUCACGAGACAGGUAAAAGGAUUCCAGAAAGUUCAUGUCCAAAUCUGCUUCAUGACCCCCCCCCCCCCCAACCCCUCCAAAAGAAACAAGUAUAUUAUGCACAUAACAUAUUAAGCCCCCAAACAUUGCGAGCGGUCCAUGUUUCUAGUAAUGCAGCAAGUCCUCCCUCCACCCACCAAGGACCCUGCAAGACACACAGGGUCAAACGGCUGGCCCCUGCUGUCAACGUCCUGCUGCAGCGCCGUUUGUCACAUUUUAUAACCCUUUCAGUGCCAGCUGGAUCUGCAGGACUUAACUGCUAAAUACAUUUUACAGUGCAACAUUUCCUUGUUGCUAUAUCCAGAGCCAGGGCGCCCCCUCCUCCCCCUUAUUCCUCCUGGCAUUGAAGGGGUUACACUUUACCUUUGUCUCUAAAACUUCACUGCUUUAAUUUUUUUUUAUUUUUUUUUUAUAGCAUUAGUUGUAUAUUCUGACUUCAGAGAAAAUAACAAUCACCCGUUGUGUGUGCCCUGUGGUAUUUUCGGCUUUCCACGCUUUUAGCAUUUUAUGUGUUGGUUUUGUUUGGCCUGUUUCAUUCUGUUGACAGACGACCACUUUUUUUUUUUUUUUUCCUGUUCUAAUCUGCUUUGACAUUAAAGUUGACUUUUCUUGGUACAUAC